AUGGACGCCCCGUCGUCCGAAGAACGUCGCACAGCGAUGCAAGACAUCUUUGAGUUGUUCUUAUCCGCCGGAUACCACCGCGCGCGCUUCACCGACGUCGCGGUGUUCGAUAAACUCCUUGGAUGUUUCGUCUGGGCCAUUCUCAACUCGAGCGACGGCGACGAGCUCCACGGGCUCGAUCUGAGCGCUCUGUCGGAAGAAUCAUCGUUGGGAGAGAAGAUCGCGACGUGCGAGCGCGUCGAGCGGGCGUUGCGAGAGAUGGGGUGUCCGCACGAAUUACGCGCGCACCAAGUGAGAGGCUUGGACGCGGACGCGGCGACGCCCGUCGCGCGAUGGUUAGUUCGCCGAGUCAUCGAAAGACGAGAGCUGAGAGGGGAUCGCGUGCGGAAAUUUUCAAGGUUUGUGUAUCGAAGGAUCGAUCGUUUGGAUUCUUUAGAGGUCGGGGCGAGCGCGCGGACGCGGGCGACGCAGGCGGGGCGGUUGCGGGACGAUUUCGGAGCGAGGCGGGCGUUUCGACGAGCGCGGGGGACGGCGCCGCCGAGAGAGAAUCCGGCGCGGUGGGCGAAAAGCGUGAUGAUGGAAUACGGACAUAAGCUCGCGGGGUUGGAGGCGUUUGCGAGCGCGGCGACGGCGGUGCUCGCGGCGAGUCGGUGGAAGCGGAAGACCAAAGCGAGCAAAGCAGCGGGGACUUUACGGGCCGGGAAGACGGACGGAGAGAAGAGCGAGAAGUCGGAAGGCAUCACCGCUCUCGUGAAUAAGGUAAGUGCGUUGAAUUUUGCAGCUCGAGGUGGAGAGGGUGAACAUGAUGACCUCGACGAGGAUGACGAAGCGGCGGCGAGCGAAUUGAGCGCGUUACAAAAUUUGGAAUCCGAGCUAGCGGUGGACGACGGAUCGGACACGCUCUCGAGCGCUGUAGCGCGAGCGAUCUUGGGAGCAAAGGGUGGUAAGGAGAUUUUAGAGGCGGCGGAGAAGUUUUCGGGCGAUUUAGACGUCGGAGGCGUCGUGGGAGAGAUGUUAGCCGUGGAGCGGAAGAUUGCCGCCACGGAGCGCAAGCUCGCGGCGGAGCUCGAAGCCGCGAACGAGGCGCGCGAGCGCAUGGACGCCGCCCAGGCCGAGGUCACGACUGCGCUCGAAAAGCUCGAGGAGGUGAAUUCGUACAACGAAAAGUGCGAGAAUGAGACGAAGAAGCUUGACGAGGCGGUGACCAAUCCCGAACAGCGCGAAGCCGUGACGAGACUCAAGGAGCUCAUCAAGCGCGCAUCCAGCUUAAAGGCGGAGGAGAAGGCUUUCAAGGCGGAGUGUAAGAAGCGCAUGCUCGAGCUCAAGGAAGAGGUCGAGCGUGGGGGCGAGCACACGCUCACCGAAGAGGAGCGCGCGCAAAUUGAAGAGGUGGAGGCAACGCACGCCCGAGAGCGAGAGAAAUUCGAGGGAGAGCGAGCGAUGCUGAGCAAGCGCGCGCGGGCGGUCGCGCUCCUGAGCCGAAAGCUCGAGGACAUCCCGACCCGUCCAGAGUUAAUCCAAUACGAACGCCGCUUCGAGGAGCUCUACGACACCGUGCAGGCGAAACUCAAGGAGACACGCAAAUACUUUGCCGCCUACAAUGUCCUCGCCGACACGAAGAAGUACCUCAACAAAGAGAUAUCCCUGUUGAACUCGAUCCACCAGCAGGUGCAACCGGCGCUGGAGACGGUGAAAGGGAAAUCUUCCCUCGUCGACGCCCUCAGUUCGAUCGAGGACGGCGUGCGGCAGAACAUCUCGCUCGUCGAGGAAAAGCUCGCCGCCGAGCGCGAAGCCGCCGACGCCGCGCGCGAAGCCGUGGACGACGCCAUGCGCACCCAGCGUCAGCACGCCGCGCUCGUUCGCGAUUUACGCGAUGCCGCCAAGCGCGAAUCAGACCUCCGAAAAGCCCUCGCCUCGGCGUGA